AAGAAAAAAGUCAGAGAAAAUGCCUGACCGUACUUACAAACAUAUUGAUACUGCAAGGAGUCCUACCAGCAUUGCUAGUGUGGAACAUUUCCUCCGAAGUGCAGCCGGGGAUUCUUCUAGGAUGUCACCAACUAGCUCUUCCCCUUCCUCUCCUAUGAAGCAACAGGACCUGGAAGAAGACCAAGGCCUCUAUCAGAAGAAAUCAGUCCUCACCAAAGUGAAGCAAAAGGCCCGGAAAUUUUGCAACAGCCUCAGCAAGAAAAGAAUAGAGGACGACAAUGUCACACCCUCUAGUAGAGCUAGGUUUGCGGAUGAAGAGGAGGAGGAAGAAAUUGAAGAAGAAGAAGAAGACGACGCUGAAUACCUUGGAGCUCCCAUGUAUGAAUCGGAGCAGGCACCUGAGACAUACAAAGAAAAUGCAAGGCAACAUCCAAGAGCAAAUCCAGUAAUAUCUGAGAAGCACGUUUUGCACAACGCUGUCAAACUAGGAAUGCAGGAAGAUCAAGAAAAGCCAAGUGCUGCUGUCAAUCCCAAACUCACUUCAACAACUCAACCUAAUACUGCAACGACAGUGGCAGCAUCUUCAUCCAACGACUCUGAAACCUUAGCUCAGAAAAUGAUACCUGCCUAUGCUGCAGGGUCGCUUUCAGCCAACAGCAUCCCGUCCCAAAAUUCAUCUGUUUCAUCAUCUCGGCUGCAACAUUCAUUUUCCUCACCUGCUUCACAGAGUAGGAAGAAUACAAGCCAAAACGUUGCUUCAGUCAAUGAUUAUUUGAAGAACAAGUCUGAAAAAGAGGGUGAUGCCAAAAUUGAGUCUCCAAAGCAAGAUUUGUCAUCUUCAUCUGCUUCAAAGAGUGGGAAGAUUACUCAAAAGACUCUUUCAUUCAAAGAUUAUUCAACGAACAGGUCUGAACAAGGGAAUGAUGCCACAAAUAUGAUUCCAUUGCAAAAAUCAUCAUCCUUCUCAGUUGCUUCAUUGAGAGGGAAAAACACAGGCCAAAAGAGUGCUUUGGCCAAAGAUUAUUCAAUGAGCAAGUCAGAGCCAAGGGAUGAUAUAAAAACUGAAUCUCAGCCUCAGGUGACAUAUGGAGAAAAUGGUCCAAGUAAUUCAGGCAUGAUGGACAAGGUGAGAGGAGCUGUAAAUUCAUUACUCGGGAAUGAGGAGCCAUCAGAAGAAUAUGGAGUCAAAAUUCCUACUACACGCACUUCAUCACAAACUCAACAAGUAUAUUUUGCAGUUGGUGAGGAUGAGAACCGUGGGAGAAUUCUACAGGCAAAUUAA